AUGAACAAGUUUUGGUGGAGCGCAGGCUGGGGACUCUGCCUUAUCGUGCUGCUGAGCCUGGCACAGAUUGAUCUCAACAUCACUUGCCGAUAUGCUGGCGUAUUCCACGUGGAGAAAAACGGCCGCUAUAGCAUCUCCAGGACCGAGGCCCCUGACCUCUGCCAGGCUUUCAACAGCACGCUGGCUACCAUGGCCCAGAUGGAGAACACCCUGAAAAUCGGGUUUGAGACAUGCAGGUACGGAUUCGUAGAAGGGAAUGUGGUGAUCUCCCGGAUCCACCCCAACACCAUCUGCGCUGCCAACAACACAGGGGUGUACAUCCUCACGUCCAAUACCUCCCAGUACGACACUUACUGUUUCAAUGCUUCAGCUCCAGAAAAUGGGGAGGAUUGUACAUCAGUCACAGAUCUGCCCAAUGCAUUUGAAGGCCAAGUUACCAUAACAAUUGUUAACCAUGAUGGCACCCUCUACAGCCAGAAAGGAGAGUACAGGACCAAUCCAGAAGACAUCAAUCCCAGCAACCCCACUGAUGAUGAUGUGAGCAGUGGCUCAUCUAGUGAACGGAGCACUUCAGGAUGUUACAGCAUCUUCCACACCUACCUUCCAACCACAAACCCAGCUGAAGACAAAUCCCAUCCUUGGGCUUCUGACAACACAGAUAACACGCCAGCUACCAGUCACAGAAAUGACGAUGAGACUGGUGGAAAAUCCCAUACGACUCAUGGAUCUGAAUCGGCUGGACAUUCAAGUGGGAGUCAAGAAGGUGGGAUCAACACAACAACUCCUCCUAUGAGGAAAGCCCAAGUCCCAGAGUGGCUGAUCAUCUUGGCAUCGCUGUUGGCCUUGGCUUUGAUUCUCGCAGUUUGCAUCGCUGUCAACAGUCAAAGAAGGUGCGGGCAGAAGAAGAAGCUCGUAAUCAAUGGUAAUGGAGCUGUGGAGGACAGAAAGCCAAGUGGACUCAAUGGAGAGGCUAGCAAGUCCCAGGAAAUGGUGCAUUUAGUGAACAAGGAGACAUCAGAGACCCCAGACAAGUUCAUGACAACCGAUGAGACACAGAACCUGCAGAAUGUGGACAUGAAGAUUGGGGUGUAA